CACUCUCUGUGCGCCUUUCUCUACUAUACUUACGCUUUUUCUAUUUCUUUUAUUUAUUUUCCGUUUCAAGUCAAAACCACGAUGAAUUGAGUUACCGGAGUUCAAAAAUCCGUUUAAUUCUUCAAACGACGUCGAGUGUCAAAAAUAAAUAAAUUACUAGUCACCGUCUUCAAUCAACGAUUUAAUUGUCCGAGUUCGAUUUGUUUUUGUUAAACUUUGAACUAAUAAUUGUGGCCGUAGAAUGAGAAGCGCUUGAUUUUCUGUCUAUGCAAGUUUUUGAAGGAAAAAAAGAAGAAGAAACCCUUGCCAGAGAUGUAACUCAAAAAAAUGCCAGAAAUUCAGUUGGGUAUGCAUACUAUCAGAUCACAUGGAACUAGAGUGGCAAGGAUACAUAUGCAUGACUGGUUGAUUCUUUUGCUUCUGGUGAUCAUCGAUGCUGUCUUGAAUAUAAUACAGCCAUUUCACCGUUUUGUUGGAGAGGGGAUGAUGACAGACCUUAGAUACCCAUUGAAAGCUAAUACAAUUCCCUUUUGGGCUGUUCCGAUAAUAGCAAUAUUGUUACCACUGGCUGUUUUUCUCGUUUACUAUUUCAUUCGUAAGGAUGUCUAUGACCUCCACCAUGCUAUACUGGGCCUUCUAUUUUCCGUACUCAUUACUGCGGUGAUGACUGAUGCUAUCAAGGAUGCUGUUGGACGGCCAAGGCCAGACUUCUUCUGGCGUUGUUUCCCUGAUGGAAAAGGGGUGUUUGAUCCAGUAACAAGUAAUGUUCUGUGUACUGGAGAUAAGGGUGUUAUUAAGGAAGGGCACAAAAGUUUCCCCAGUGGACAUACCUCUUGGUCAUUUGCUGGUCUUGUUUAUCUUGCUUGGUAUCUAUCUGGAAAACUCAGGGCAUUUGACCGCAGGGGGCAUGUUGCAAAGCUCUGUCUUGUUUUCUUACCAUUCCUCGUGGCAGCUAUGAUUGCUGUCUCUCGUGUUGAUGAUUAUUGGCAUCAUUGGCAAGAUGUGUUUGCUGGAGCUCUAAUAGGGAUGGUAAUUGCUUCCUUUUGUUACUUACAAUUCUUUCCACCUCCUUAUGACAUAGACGGUUGGGGACCACAUGCAUAUUUCCAGAUGUUAGCUGAAUCUCGUAAUGGGGCUCAGCCCUCUACUGUCAAUAAUGAGAUUCAUCAUGUGCAAUCGGCUGAGCUUCAGGCUGUAUCUUUGUAUAUCCCACCUCAACAUGAUGCAGAUACACGAGGCAAUAGCUGGGAUUCAAGCCCCAUGUUAGGUGCAUCCCAAAACGUAAGAGCACACUGAUGACAGAGGAAAGAUCACCAACAUGUCCAUAAUCUGUAAAAAUUAUAGGGGUUCGUUGCUGAUAAACCACUUUAGCAUCGUUGGCGGUUUAAAAAUGCGGAUAUCAAUCAAUUCCUUUGGUUGGAUUGGAAAUUUGGGAUGUCAUGUUAGUUGUCUUUAAUUUUCCGACCAGCUUAUAUUUGUUAUUAGUUGUCAAAGCACUGUUUUUAUGUCUAGUUUUUAUAUAAUGAGAAUGAUUUAAUCGGCUCAA